GCUGGUAGCCUCUGUUGCAUACGCUUUUUCUCGCUCCUUGAAUAUUUUGAUUUUACCCAUUGUUUUAAGUCUAAUUUCACUUAUAAUUAUAAAAAUUUGAAAAUAUCAAUUUAAUGUUUUAGUACGCAAGCUUUCUAUACAUAAAUAUUGCUUCAAACAAUGUCUUCGUCAAAAAUUUUGUGUAAAGCAUGUACCGAACCAAUUCUGGAAGACUCAGAUGGAUUAACAUGCAAAGGUGAAUGCAAUUCUGUUUUUCAUUUUCAUUGUGGUGGUUUCGCUGAAAGAGCUUUUAGAAGACUUACUGUUGAUAAAAAACAAAAGUGGACCUGCGCACAAUGUUCAAAAUCACAGGAAAAUCCAACGAAAAUAAAAAGUGCAACUAGCCCAGACAUUCUCGAGGAUAUCUUACAGCAAAAUAAAGACCUAAAAGAGUUAAUAACUAACAAAUUCAAUGACUUAACCCGUUCAAUUGAAUUCAACAGUGAAGUAAUUCAAGAGUUGAAAAAUUCUAUCACAGAGCUACAGAACGUAAACAAAACUUUACAAGCAAAAAAUGAUCAGCUAACUAGAGAAAGCGCAGAAAUAAAGAAGGAACUGAAUGAACUAAAAGAAGCAGUUAUUGAACUCAAGCAAUAUUCCCGAAGAUCCAACUUUGAAAUAAGUAACUUACCCGAAUGUGAAAAUGAAGACAUACAACAAGUAAUAUCCCAGAUUGAUAAUGUUGCGAAUACUAAUAUAUCCGAAAAUCUGAUCACCGCUCACAGAGUCCCCAGCUUUAAUAAAGAUAAACCUAAACCCAUCAUCGUUCAAGUUAAAUCCAAAUCUGUACGUGAUGAGCUCUUAAAGAAACUGAGAAAUCGUAAACUUUCAACCUGCGAAGUCAACUCCAGAUUCACUGAAAUGCCUGUUUACUUCAAUGAACAUUUGACUCCCGAACUGAAGCAUCUAUUUUAUCUUUCACGUAAGGCUAAAUCUGAAAAGGGAUUCAAGUUUUGUUGGGUUCGUGAUGGUAAAAUAUUCCUGAGAAAAGAUGAAUCGUCCAAAAUAAUACGUGUGAAAUCAUCUCAAGACCUUAAUACUCCAUCCAACUGAAGAAACAUUUUUAUCUGUGCCGGACUGCC